GAGCUGAGGGAGCCGCGGCCCGUGCCGGAGCACACGGCGUGUGCCCCCAUGGCUGCCAGCCCCACGGCCGCCGAGGCUGUCCCCGCCUGGCCCGGCAAUGGCACUCGGGUUCUUUGCCCCGUGGAUUCCGCCUUCGCCGUGCGCUUCCUGCCCGCCGUGUACCUGACCGUGAUCCCCCUGGGGCUGCUGGGCAACGGGCUGGGGCUGUGGCACCUCUGCACAGGGCCCCGCCAGCCCCUCAGCCUGCUGGUGGCCAACCUGGGGCUGGCCGACCUGCUCUAUGUCAGCACGCUGCCCUUCCUCGUCAGCUACUACCGCCAAGGCAGAGUGUGGAUCUUCGGGCAGCCCUGGUGCCGCCUCACCCGCGGCCUCUUCCACCUCAACCUCUACGCCAGCAUCGGCUUCCUCACCUGCAUCAGCAUCCACCGCUACCGGGGCAUCGUGCACCCGCUGAGGGCGCGGGGCAGGUGCCAGGGCGCGGCCUCCUCGCUGUGGCUCAGCGUCACGGUCUGGGUGUGGGUCAUCGCACAGAUCGCUCCCGAUCUUGCCUUCAGCAAGACAAAUGCCGAGGGGACGCAGUGCCAUGACACAACAGGACACGAGCACCUGGGCUCUUACUUUCCCUACACCUUUGGUGUCACCGUGACCGGGUUUGUCAUCCCGUUCCUCAUCAUCAUCGGGUGCUACUGCCACGUGGUGUUUGUGCUCUGCAGGAACGACAGCGUGGAGCCCAGCCUCAGGAGGAGAAGCAUCGCGCUGGUGGUUCUCGUCAUGGUUCUUUUUUCCAUCUGCUUCCUCCCCUACCACAUCUUCAGAAAUCUCAACUUGUUUUUUCGCUGGAAACCACAAGAGUCCUGCACACAGGCUUCAAAGGAUAUCUACAUUUCCUACCAGGUGACUCGGGGCCUGGCCAGCCUCAACAGUGCCCUCAACCCCCUGCUCUAUGUGGUCACCAGCAAAGACUGGAGGUCACGAGUGAGGACCAUCCGCCAGAGUGCCAGGCAGUGUCUGAGGUCAUCCUUCGGGAACAAAACCUCUUUCCAGGCAGCUGAGAAGAGCAGGGACAUCACUCUUUGUGAGGGGGAGGCUUCUAAUGAGCUCUGACACCUGACACCCGCGCUUCUGCAGCAUCAGCUUGUGCUUGGCCCCUGCCUGGGGCAGCCCCUCACCUCGACACCUGCUUUGCAGAGAUGGUGACAGCAGCGUCACGGGCUCCGUGCACACAGGGGAUGGACAGGACUGUCAGCAUCAGAGAGAAAACUGGGACCACAUUUCAACAGCAAAACUACUCAACCCAACCAUUUUGCCUACAGCACGCCUGGAGAUGGAAAGAGAUGAUCGUGUUUGCUCCAGUCCAGAGUAUUCCCUCCAGCCUCUCAUGCAGCAGUCUGAGCUGGUUAACAUCCCCUCUGUGACUGAGGGAUGGAUGGCAGGGAAUGACACCUUGUCCCUCCACUGCCUCCUCUCUGCUCUGCUCUACAUGGGUUUGAGACAGGAUUCCCUCUUUCACCUAAGGAGAGGUCCUGUGUGGCAGAACAGCUGAGAGGGCGAGUUUUUGCAGUGGGGGAAGAGCUUUGGAAAUGGCAAUAUUCAUUAAAAAAUCGGGUUUUAAGUGCGUUACUAAGCUGUUCCAGUUCCUGGGUGACUGAGCUGUUUCAGGAUCUGUGGGAUCCUCUACUGCCCACCUCCUUUGCAGAAGAAAAAGACAUUUUUGGCAUUACUCCCUCUCUUUUGCAAGAGCACGUAGCAGAGCUAGCAAAUGGGCAUUUUAAAGUUUUUGAAGGCUAUUGGUUGGGGUUUUAUUUUGGAAGGUGAAUGAUUGCAGUAGCCUGAACUCCUGCUUUCAGUGGGUAAAUGCCAGGAGAGUUUGCAAAUCUUCAGGUGAGUGCUUGCAUCUUGCAUUCAGCCUUGCAAAGGCAUUAGAUGUGACUUGUAAAAAUUAGAUGUGCAAGUAAAAAGAGAAGCAGCGCUGGUGUGAAAGCUUGUGAAGGCAGAGUGUGAAACAAGGGCAGCUAUCUGUCAUCACCAGGGGCUGCAGAUCUCUUUGGGGUGAGCAGAGGCUCCCAAGCAACAUUUUAGUUUUUGAUCUUGGUGCUACCCACUACAAACAUUUCAAUUCAAUAAUGUGAUUUGCAGCAACAGCAGCUUUUGGAGCCUAGCUGAAGGAAGUGGACUGAGAGUUAAAAUCAGCCAUUUCUGGGAAAGCACUGGCCCACAGACGGAUGUUGUGCUCUUUUCCUGACAUUUAUCUCUGUCAGCUGCUCCUCACACAGACCCACCUUAGCUGGGCAGUGGA